CGAGAAUUAAGUUCAUUUUAAGAAUUAUUCUUGAAGCAGACAAUAUGGUUCUUUCCCGCAAACUUUUCGUACUUGCUCUUAUUGCCUUGGUCGUCGUGACUAUACCAGCUGAUGCCGGAAAGCCACGCAAAAAGGACGAUGCCAGUACUUCACGAACCCCAUCUGGUGGUGUUCAACCCUUAACAAAUGCUCAAAAAUUGGAUCGCAUGAGUUCGCUCUAUGCGCAAUGUAGCUACCAAAUAAGUAUAGAAGAGAAAUUGGCAAAAUUAGAUGAAGUUUUGGCAAUUUUGGCUGAUUACGAUGCAUUUGGUGCAAAAAAAUACAAGGAGAAAAUGUAUCCAAAGAUCUAUGAAUUGAAAUAUUCUUACGAGCAGCGGUUAAAAAAAUAACGAUGUGACUGAUUUGGAAAACGUAAAAGUCAUCACAGAAGCGAACAUGGGGGAAAAGUUUAUUAUUUUGAUUAAGUCCAUUUAAAAAGAUAUGUCAAUUUGAAUUUUGCUUUGAACUCUGUAAUAAAAUAUUUUAAUUUCACAAAAAA